CGCAGAGUUUUCGAAGAACUGCUGCUGGGUCUGACAGAGCCCAUCAUCAUAUUGUUGGCUUGAUGAAGGUUGACUCAGUUCAUUCACUGAAACCGGCGCUGGACAUGACGCUUUGGGAAGAUGAGGCUUCUUUUUGCCGCAAAAACACAAAUCCUCUUCAGUAAGGGGGCGCAGUGGAGGGCAAACCUCCCUUUCAUACGCGACUUCGAUUUUCUCCACCUGAAGAUUCCAUUUCCCUGGCACGUCAAAGAUCAAGAGCUUUCCAACAUCAUCUGGCUGGCAGCUUGAGCUUCCUGGGAAAUUUAUUGAGACGUCUCUCCACGCAUCCUUUGGAAUACACGGCGAAACUUCUUUCUGUUGUGUGAAGGACAAGCCUAAGGGCAUAAAGAUAUGCGGAAUAGUGACCGACAUCUCGCAAGUACAAGUGAUCGGACAAAACCUUCCGAGCAAGGAAGAAGCUUCAGCCGUCACAACGACCUUUUCAACCAUUGAUCUGAGGCAUUUCUUUUGCCUCGGCGCCGCUUUGCGAGCUUUUUGAUUGAGAGUUGCUUUGUGUGCGUGCUCGAACUGCUUACAUUCGGUUUCGCAUGAUUCCUGGAAUGCAACGGGCAUCGAAUGGGGGCUUUCCGAUGUUGUACAUGCGCUAUCUUGACGGUAGUCGUAUGUUUCAGAUACCCUUAUGACUGGGAG